CUCGUCCGCUGGUCACAUGACAGCGUCUCUUCGACGUCAAUUCCCUGCGACGACUUACUGCCCAACGUUUCCUCAUGCGAACGGGUUUCUUCCAAAAAAUAUCGGCUAUUUUAGAACAACAUUGGGAUGUGGGUGUUUGGAUUGUGAAGACCUUUUUUCCUCCAGUCCCACCUUUCUGACCCAAUGGCCAACCGCCUGCUGGGCAGAUGUGCUCGCCUGAUCUGCAAGUCUUCCUUUCAUGCUGCCACUGCUGUCCGCUUCCAUCCACCUUUGGGUGGGCCUGUAGAGGUGCAAAGGGUUAGAAGUUGGUUAUGGGGCACUGAGAGAUUGCUCUGUGAGAGGACAGUAACCAAAGAUGAGGCACAUCUCCGUGUUCCUGCUCGCACCCAGCUGGAUGAGACGAUGGAGAAGGCUUUGGCUCCAGAGGACAUCUUGUCUGCUUGGGAAGAGUACGGAGGGAAUGGUAGUCAGGCGGCUACCGCUCUUAUGAAGUGGACUCAGCUGAUGCUGAAGACAAAGGGGAAGUUCAAGAAAGACCAAUUCGAAGUGCUGACAGAUUCAAGGCUCCUUGAUAUGAUGAACACUCUAUCAAAACAGGUGUCGUCGGUGUGGAAUGGUAAUCUGGUGAGUGUGUUACGGACCCUCUGGGUCAUGAAGAUUCCUUCUACCCAUCCAGCAUUGACUUCUGUCCAGACAGAGGUCCUGUGGAGGGUCCGCCGGCUAUCCUACAAGCAGCUGGGCUUCCUGGUAGACUGGGGAACGGCGAGGAAAGCAUCACAAGACGUAGUGAUAGUAAACUCUGCCUUGAAACAGCUGGAGCUGCGCUGGGCUGAAAUCGCUGAUGCCAAAACUGUCAGUACUUUGAUAUCCAAAGGAGAACACAUGGCACCUACCUUGAUGGACAGACUUGAAGACAAGGCUUUGGAGCUCUCGGAGAGCUUUUCAGCAGAAGAUGUCCGGAAAGUCUGUGUAGCAUUGGCAGCUCAGAGCCGCAGGAGUGUCCCAUUACUCAGGGCUAUGUCCUACCACCUCCUCCAGAAACCUUCCUCUGAGUUCACCACUCCAUUAAUACUGGACCUCACCUUUGCAUACGGAAAGUUAAAUUUCAACCAUUCCCAGGUUUUUCAGCGAAUGGCUAGCGAGUUGUUUCCCAGAGUUUCUGAGCUCAGCUCUACUGAUGUCACACGCUGUGCCAAGUCUUUGGGCUUUCUCAAAUGGCUCCACUUUCCUCUCUUUGAAGCCUUUGCUGAGCACUACACAGCGAACAGUGAAAAAUAUAGCACGCUCCAGCUCUGCAAUCUGCUUAUGACUUUUGCCAGACUUGGCUUCCAGCCCAGCAAAGGAGAAGAGUUUUACAGCAAGGUGCAUCCUGUGUUGAACGAGUCCCUCGUGAGCCUGGAGCCUUUUCUGCAGACAGAUGUAGUGUGGUCUCUGUGCGUGUUACAGCAGGCCAAGCCCCACUAUCUCAUCCGUCUGACUCAAACAGGUCAUGUUACCAACCUAUCAGAAAGCAGCCCAGCUCGGGUGGAGAACUAUAAACUGAAGCUGCUGCACAUUGCUGCCACCCUUCUACUGGAGCAUCCCGGUUCCUCGGACAGUGUCCCGUCUCUCAGUGUCCUGCCAGUCCCAGCUACCAGCUCCUCCUUAUCAGAGCUGCAGAGCAGUCUGAGAGAGGCAUUACAGAGUUUGGUGGGAGGGAAUGCAGGGGCCCUUCGCACCGGUGUUGACACUGUGUAUGGAUGGACGAUUGAUGGAGAGAUUGUUGUGGAUUAUGACAACAAACCUGUUGACAUGUCGAUGCUAAAAGCCCCUCAUCUACCAAAUGGAGGAGGAGACCUGGAUUUACCUGCAGGGGCACGGCGAUUAGCUUUUGUGGGUUGGGAAUUUCCCAACUUUGGCUCCAAGAGCAGGGACCUUCUGGGACGCUUUGUCAUGAUGAAGAGACAUCUUCAGUUGGCUGGUUUCAUCCUAGUGGAGGUGCCAUACUACGAGUGGCUGGAGCUGAAGACAGAGUGGCAGAAAUUGGCAUACCUGAAGGAUAAAAUGGGGAAGGCCGUGGCUGAGGACAUGACCAAGUGAACUGAAGAAGCUUUCAAAGAUCAGCUCGAUCGAAGCUUUCCCAGUCCAGCGGGACCCACAGGGAAUGCACACAUCCACCCACGUUCACGCUCGGGUCGGAGUGGCAUCACAUAUUUUCGCUCUCGUUCCCCUGGCAACAUGUGGGGCUUUCCCUGUUUCCAUGGUGAUGGCGAGUAAAGAGUUUAGGAUGAGAGAGACAGAAAUAAACACAACAGAGAUAUGAUCUGAUAAAGGACUAUGUCUUUACAUCUGCAUAUGGCUUGUUGCAACAGAAGCUCUGGAGUUAUUGAAAUAUUCAGUCAAAGAAUGCUUCUUCUUAAGAUAACUAUCAGAAUAACUUAUUUCUGUCAAUGUGUGUCACCUUAUUAUGGAAUAAAUAGUUCAUUACAA